GGCAAAGCUAAAAAAGAGGGGUGACAUACAUAAACCAUGGUGAUGUCUGUGUUGUUGAAGUUGUUGUUUCCAGCACCACCUUCUCGAUUUGUUUCCGCCAUGUCAGUGAUAAGCUUGGUGUCACUAGCAAACACUGGCUUGUCCGAGAUAAGAGGGAAGCAUUUGAAUUAUUCAAAGUUCUGGAAUGUCAAUGUCAAUAAUAACAAUAGCAAUGAAAAAAGGCAGAUGAAGUUGUCAAGCAAGGCUGGUAUGCUUCUUCUGUAUACUCCGGCUUUUCUUGCUGGAGCUGCUUCUUUUUUUAUCUUUCCUCAUCAUGCUCUCAGAUCCAUUAUCCUUCAAUCUGCUGUCACCCUCCAUUUCUUCAAGAGAAUCUUUGAGGUUCUUUUUGUUCACAGAUAUAGUGGUUUUAUGGUUCUUGAUUCUGCAAUCCCCAUCAGUCUUAGCUAUUUCCUGUCAACUGCAACUAUGACAUAUGCUCAAAACCUAACAGAGGGGCUUCCAGAACCACCAAUUGAUCUAAUGUAUCCAGGGAUUGUGCUGUUUGUUGUGGGCAUAUGUGGCAACUUCUACCACCAUUACCUUCUUUCCAAACUGAGAGGAAAGGGUGAAAAGGAAUACAAGAUUCCUAAAGGUGGCAUGUUUGACCUUGUGAUAUGUCCCCAUUAUCUCUUUGAGAUUAUUGGGUUUUAUGGGGUUUCAUUCAUUUCUCAGACCUUUUAUGCCUUCUCUUUCACCAUAGGCACUACUUUCUACCUGCUAGGUAGGAGCUAUGCAACUAGAAGAUGGUAUCUUUCUAAGUUUGAUGAUUUCCCUAAUGAUGUUAAGGCUAUCAUCCCAUUUGUCUUCUAAAUGUUGCAAGGUUUAAUUGAUUUUGUGUGAAUUGUACGUGUGCUUCAAAAUUUUAGGUGAUUUGAACAACUGAUUUUGCAACUUUGAUUGCUUUUUAAUAGAGCAGCUAUGGAAGAAAUAAAUGACGUUAAAAUGUACCUAAGGCCAUGUUAUUUCAUGG